AUCUAAGUAGACAUUUAAACAACACAUGCAGGACAUUCAGAAGUUGUUUUUUUAUAUUCGCUGUAAAAAAAAUAAUGCAGCACAGGCUAUAGUUAAAACAACUUGGUUUUGCAAGUCAUUUCAACCUACUAUUUAAAGUUUUGACUGGUGAUAAGUUGACAUAAGUUGAAAUUGACUCAUUAAAUGUAUUAAGUUAAAGUAACAUAAAAAUAUAUGUUAAUUUGAUGUCAUUUUUUACAGGGUUAGUACGUUUUAAAUGUGAGGUAAAGCAUUAACAGAAGCUCUUGAGAUGUAGUGACUGUAUUGAUUUGUGGAGGUCAACGCUCCAGAUGAAGAUCUCCAUUCAUUAUUUGGAUUUCAGGUGGACGGCGUCAGGAAAAUUUUGUGAUGAUGGGAUCAUUUGUGUGCUAUUUUCUUUUACUGACACUCAACAGUUUUCAAGUCUUGUCGUUGGAGGAUCACACCGUAUUUCAGCCGCCUCAAGAGGCCAACAGAGUUUUCCAGCGGCCCAGACGUGCUAACAUGUUUUAUCUGGAGGAGAUACUGAAGGGAAAUCUGGAGCGGGAAUGUUUCGAAGAGAGAUGCAAUCGUGAAGAAGCCCGAGAGUGUUUCGAGAAUGACCAGAAAACUGAAGAGUUUUGGAGUAAAUAUUAUGAUGGAGACCAGUGCAGAUCAAACCCAUGUAGACAUGGAGGAACGUGUCGAGAUCUGAUUGGAGGAUACAGCUGUAAAUGCACUGAGAUGUACACCGGUGUAAACUGUGAAACAGAUGUUUCUCAGUGUCCGACUGAAGGUCCGCUGGUCUGUGAGCAUUUCUGCAGACCCACAGAAGGCUCGUAUCGCUGUUUCUGUGCACAGGGAUACACACUUCACAGCAACAAGAGAAACUGUUUACCUCAGGUUCUAAACCCUUGUGGGACCUCAGAAAACUUCAACCAAACCAGCAGCAGUAACAUCUUCUGUCCAGAUGGACGCUGUUCAUGGGAGGUGAAGUUUUUAAACACUGAUGGUGAUGUCAUCUGUCAUGGUGUGAUUCUGGGCCAGAGGUCUGUACUGACUUCAGCUGUGUGUAUGUCCAUGGUGAAAGACCUCAACAUCACUCUCAUUUCAGCAGGUCGUCAUUCAAACGUGAGUCUGCAGAUUUCCAGCUGGACGCCUCACAAGAGGUUUGUGUCCGGUCAACUGGAGGAUAAUCUGGCCUUCCUCGUGCUGAAAGAGUCCUUACCACAGGAGAUGGGUGUCAUCCCAUUGUGUCUCCCGGAGAAAGAUUACAGCGAAAAUAUUCUGAUGAGGAACGGCCGAGAAGGCGUGGUCAUGGGUGGGGCCGGACACACCUACCUCUCACUGGAUGACUGUCGAGAAUUCCUCAACCUCACGUUCCUGAUGACCAAUAAGAUGUUCUGCAUGAAAAAGCAGAAGUCUGGUGUACCUGUGAAGUCCAAACCAUUAAGAGAACACAAGAGGUGUGAAAUAAAAUCUGGGAGUCCAGUCGCUACGGUGGAGGGAAAAACGGCGUUCCUGACCGGAAUCUCUCUGUCUGGUAGAGACUGUAAGGAUGGACUCGUGUUUACUAAAUUAUCAAGAUACCUGCACUGGAUCCGUCCGCUUCGGCACGCCGCAGAGAAAUGACAAAGAUGACAAAUGAAUCGAAUAAUUAAACAUUUCAAUCAUCAUCUCAGGACACGUGUCAAGAAGUCGACACAUCAUGUUAUACACAAAUUUAAUUAAAACACAAGCAUUUCUUUUGACUGAUAAUGAAACGGAUCAACUCAAAUAUCAUUCACAUGAAUACGGUUUAUUCAGAUCUACUACUGCUCUUUGCAUACUACUGUAUAUAGUAUAGUAGAGAAGUAUGCAUGUUUGGAUGGGUGGAGUCAUUUGGUGACAUUUGAUUUCUGGACUGUUUGAGAGAAAAACUUUACAUUACAGUUAAGAGAAUUUAGGGGAAUUUGUCUAAUGGUCAUGAAAAUAUAAAUAAUAAUAUAAAAAUAACCCCCACAAGGCAACACAGAUCUUUAUGAGGCUGAAAUAUUUGUUUUAUGAUUCAUUCACUGGUUUUCAUCUCAUUGGUUAUAUUGAUGUAAUUCACUGCAGUAGUAAAUAAACACAGGCACAUAGAAAAAAAGUGUUAUGUUUAUUUGAGAAAAUCUGU